GGUGAACUUAUACGAAUUAAGCGGAACAGUUCUUCCGCCGAGGUGUACCGCAGGGAAGCUGAUGCAGCAUGCACACGCCUGGCGGCUCGAGGUUACCCUGGAUGGCUCUUGAAAAAAGCUCGGUCGAGAGUGGAUCCUAUGGAUGGAAAAUCCCUUUUUACAAAUCCCACGGUAGGGGAGAUUAUAAAGUCAGGUGUGAGAUUUGCCCCGAGGCGGGCACCUACUCUAUCCAAUCUCCUUGUUCCCAGUAUGGUGGACACGGCUAGUGUUACCACCCAGUGGAUUAGCACCAAGGGCUUCCACAAGUGCGGUAAAUCGCGGUGUGUGGUAUGUCCCUUUGCCGAAAAAUGCCAGAAAAUAGAAGGUACGGUGGAUGGCAAAUGCCAUGUCAUUCACAACUUUAUAAACUGUGAUAGCACUUUUGUUUUAUAUAAAAUCAUGUGCACACAAUGUCACUUAACAUAUGUGGGUUCCACCAAAAGGUCCCUUAAAAAACGCAUGCAAGAGCACAUUAGACAUGCUGCUGGCCCUUUAAGCUCGAACAUUUCUAACAUAUCUAAACAUUUUCUAAUAUGUCAUAAUUCAGACACCACUUCCCUCAGGUUCUCAGGCAUUGAGAAGGUGACCCUAAAUAAAAGGGGAGGUGACCAUAUUCGAUCCCUCCACAAUAGGGAAAUCAUGUGGAUUUAUCUUUUGAAUUGCAUUCAACCCCAUGGUCUAAAUAGCAAAACAGAUUUAAUAUUACAUUACUGAUAUGUCUCCGAAUAAUUUAUCUGUGUUUGGUCCCAUGUUUUUGUUUUAAUCACGUGCACAUGUGAUGUGGAC